AUGGUCACUACAAAUGAUACUCAAGAAGAACCUGACAGGAAUAACUCUAUUUCAAUAGACAUUAUCCCUAUUAAGCCAAUCACUCUAUCAAGCAACUAUGGGAAAAGUAUACCAAUUGAUGCCAAAAAUUCUGCUUAUAAAAGAUGCCUAACAGAACACGAAGAAACAAAUACUUCAACUAACAAUAAGCUUGAGACUAGUCAAAGUAUACUAAUACAAACCGAA